AUGGCUUCUGCGAACCUUGACUCGGAAGCAGCUUUCUUGGACCGCGCUAGGAAGAUCGGACUGUCCGAGGAAACCCUUACAGGACUCUUGAACAACAGCUUCAACACCUUUGGCCGCUUGGCCUUUGCGGUGUCGGCUACACCAACGACCCUCACCGACGAGGCAGUGGACAACUGGAUUGAUGGAUUGGGCAUGAGACCGUCUGGCUUUCAGAAAGCCAGCCUCCGUCGGCUCCUGUUCGAAGGAGUGAGCAUGGCGAUUGAAGAAGUUCGCACCCGCAUCGAGCCCGGCGUGGAAGGACAUCCUAAGAAGCUGGCAGCGGCGGAACGCUUGGAUAGGCAGGCUAUGCAGGAGAGGUCUCUGGGAGGUUUGGUUUUCACUCCUGAAACCCGGCCAGCCAACUCGUGUGUAGACCUGUGCGUGGAAAUGCUUGAAACAGGUGUGUUGCAGUAUCACGUUCCCAGCAAGUGGAUUAGUAGGGCGCAGGAAGCACAGUGCUUGAAAAGGGACAGCAGCAUAAACAUCGAUGCCGACAACAACCUAAAUAUUGCAACGAAAUCUGCCGAUCAGACAUGUGACGUUUCAUCAGAGAUGAGGUUGCGCCAGGCUUGGAGUCGCCGCUCAUUAGCCUUCGAUUUGGCGAACCUUGCAAGCUUCAGGGUCAUGGAGGAACAUGUUCAAUUCUUGUUUUCGGUUCUUCAGAGAACGCAGCCGAAGGGCUUUCAGGGUGUCAUGCUUUCGCAAAUCAUUGAGGCAGAUAAGCAGAUGUUUAUUCUUGCAAGCAACAACCUCAUGGGACGUUUAACGGCCUCGCCAGGGGCGGCCCCUGCUUUGGACGCGGAGAUCAGUAGACUGUCUAGGAGCCCUGACAUCAUGCAGUAUUUGGCACCCUUGCAGAACCCUGUAAUCCCGCAUGUACCUUGGACCCCUCCCAAGGGAGAUGGCAAAGGCAAGAAGGGAAAGGACAAGGGGAACAAGGGAAAGGUCGCGACAGGUUCAAAGUUAGAUUUGCCGGAGGGUUGUGUGACCAAAGAUGAUGCCAAUAAGCCUUUGUGUUUCGCUUAUAACACGCACGGAUGCAAGAAUACCUGUAAGCAGGGCCGGUGCAUAAAGGGCUACCACAAGUCCCUUCCAUUGAGUGCGCCCAUCAGUGGAGGGAGCGACAGGGGCGCAUUGCAAACUGGGGACCUGCUGGUCCCCGAUGCUGAGGGGUGGUCCAAGGCCCGUUUGAGUAAACCGGGCCAAAUCUCAAGUGCUGAUCUCCUGACCUUGUUUGAUAUGCUCCCUCAGGGAAAUCUUCAGAAGGGUCAGAGGGACGUGAAACAGUCCUUCGUAACCGGCUGUUAUUCCCAAGGUGGAUUCCGUGGGUUGCGUAAGGAGUGUGCAGAGUUUCCGUAUGCAAGUCGUGUCAUGACCCGCUUUGUGCACGAGCGUCUUCCAGGUCAUGUUUUCUCCACAUGUGGCAUUUUUGCAGACUGUCUCACGCCUUUGCAUCGUGACGGCCGCAACGCACAGUGGCCCAAUGCAGUUUUUCGCUUGAGUGAUUUUAAGGAGGGGGGCUUGUGGAUAGAGGGCCCUGGGGAGGAUAUUCGAGUCUUCAAUUCUAAAGAGCUGGUUGGAGCGGUUCAUGAAAUUGAGGACGAGCCGCUUAUCUUUGACGCUUGGUCUAGAUACCACGAAACUGAACCUUGGUCAGGUCGAAGAGUUGUGCUGAUCACUUGGGUCGUGCAGCAACUUGAAAAAUUAGAACCGAAGGAUGUGGAGGCAGCGCAUCACUUGAACUUCGUGCUACCUCCUGAGGUGCCGUUGUCUGUGCAAACGGCGCAGCUCGGAGAACGGCCACCCAUGGUGUUUGAGGUCUUCGCAGGCAAAGGCUUGUUGUCCCGGGCCCUGAUGCAGUGCGGAUUCGUUGUCCACAGUUUCGACCAACAUCAUUGCGAUUCUCAUGUGCCCAUCUCGCAGCUUGAUUUGGCAACAGACUCAGGGCAAGCUUUGUUCUGGGAAUUUCUUGAGACACAGCUCAUAGUCUUGAAGCGAAACUUGGCGGUGGCGCGAGUGAAGCAGGAGGUGAAGAGAUGCAGUGAUGCUGAGGCGGAGCUUCACAAGGCCAUGCACCCGGCAGUGGCUAAGGUUAUGAGCGGCAAAUCCAUCUUGGCGUUGGAAUCUUUACUCAAGUCCGAGGGCUACGACGAUCUCGAAGUCAUCAGUUUCUUAAAGGAAGGGGUAAGGUUGGUCGGGACUUCCCAAUGCCCGGAAUGCUUUGAUCGUAAGUUCGUCCCCGCUUUCUUGACAGAGACGGAGCUCAUGGCCUCAGCGGCCACCAGACGAAAGUCCUUGUUGAGUAAGUUCGAAAGGGUAGACCCGGAGGAGGCACAGAUCUUGAAGGAGGCCACGGAUGAGGAGGUGGCCAUGGGCUUUUUGGAGGGCCCCUACUAUGAUCAGAGCCAGAUUACGGAAUUGCUGGGAACCAACGAUUGGACAGUCAUCAGAAGGUUUGUUUUGCUCCAGGGGGCAGAGCUAAAACCCAGACCCAUAGACAACUGCUUGGAAUCCCAAUUAAACGCGGGCUACAGCUCCAGUAUUCACCUGCGGUUACAAGAUUCGGACUACAUCUCAGCCAUGGCCCUCCACGCAGCGAGGGAAGUGAGCGAAGGCCGAGCGCACAAGGAUGCCUCGGAGUGGAAGGGCAAAACCCUUGACCUCAGUAAAGAGUACAAACAACUUGCUAUCCAUCCGAGAAGUGCAGACAACGCCGACACCACGGCGAGUGCGUUCUUGGACGCCUUAGGUUGGCGUCACGGCAAAACGGGAGAGCAACUCAUCUGCGAGAUCGAGAUGUUUGCUGUGCUAGCUUCCCUGCUGCAGCUGAAUGCUCUUGUGUCGUCUCGCCGCAUAGUGUGGUGGGUGGACAACGAUGCAACCAGAGGUGUCAUGAUCAAGGGCGCCAGCCGCAGUUGGGCCAUGCACACUUUAGCCCGAGUGUUCUCUGAGCUCGACAGAGAGUGGCCAUCCAUGUGGUGGGUUUGCAGAGUCCCAUCCUACUCCAAUCCGGGGGAUGCGCCGUCGAGAGACCAAGGAGAGGAGUCUUUGGUGACG